AUGGCAGCUGCUGCUGCAGGUGCUGCAGCUGCUCCUGCUGCUUCUGGUGGUGGUGGUGGCCGCUGGAGCGGUUGCAGGUUUGGGGUUCUUCUGCUUGCAGCAGCAGCAGCAGCAGCAGCAGCAACACCAGCAACAGCUGAAGCAGACAGAACAGCAGCACUACCAGCAGCAGCAGCAGCAGCAGAAUUUGGGGGCCGAAGUGUUGCCCCCACCCAUACAUCUGUUUCUCUUUCUUCUUCUUUUCCUUUUUCUUCGGAUAUGUCCGUUAGUAAUUUCAAUUCUGCUGCUGCUGGUUUGCACAUGCAGCAGCAGCAACAUCAUCAGCAGCAGGAGGAAUGGGGGUUGCUGCAGCUGCAGCAGGAGCAGCAGCAGCACGGCAAACGGCGUACAUUGCAGCAGCAGCAGCAGCAGAAAGAUCUAGUAUUUCGUGUUAGUGUUGCUGCGUUGGCUUGUAUUGCUGCUGUAUUUAUUGUUCUUCGCUGCUACAAUCAUCUGAUGCAGCAGCAGCAAUCUGCUUCUCUCUCUUUCUCUCGCUCUCUAGCUGGUAUAGACGACAGUGCAUGCAGAGAAGAAGAAGAAGAAGAAGAAGAAGAAGAUGAAGAUGAAUACGGAGAAGAAGAAGAAGAAGAAGAAGAAGAAGAAUACGGAGAAGAAGAAGAAGAGGGAGAAGAAGAAGAAGAAGAAAAAGAAGAAAAAGAAAAAGAAAAAGAAAAAGGGGCAGAAGGAGGAAGACCACCAAAAGAAAAAACCGAAAAGAUACCAACAGUAGCAGAAGCAGCAGCAGCAGCAAGAGCAACACUAAGAAAUAUAAAAGAGCUGAUGAAUGCUGCAAUGGAUGCAUUGCCGUGUAUAGAAGAAGAAACCAGAGCUUCUCUGUUUUCUCUUCUUCUUCCUUUUUGUAUUCAGGAGUUAGUUGUUUUAGCUGUAUAUGCAGAAGACUCAGUUGAACAGCUAAGACAAGAAACGAUAGAUUGGCUGCUGGGAAAGAAUAGAUACGGCGAUGGCAGGGGAGACAGAAAGACAGAAGAAAGAGCAAGAAAAGAGACAACAAAAGCAGCAAAGAAGGCAACAGCAGCAGCAGCCGCAGCACCAGCAGCAGCAGCAUCACCACCAACAACAACACCAGCAACAGCAGUGGCAACCGCAGCGGAAGCAGCAACAGGGGAAGCACCAGCACCAGCACCAGCAGCAGCAGCAGCAACGUGGCAACCGCAGCGGAAGCAGCAACAGGGGAAGCACCAGCACCAGCACCAGCAGCAGCAGCAGCAACAGCACCGGCAACCGCAGCAGCAGCAACAGCAGCGGCAACUGCAGCGGCAUCAGCAGCAGGGGCAGCAUCAGCACCAGCACCAGCAGCAGCAACAGCAGCGGCAACCGCAGCAGCAGCAACAGCAGCGGCAACCGCAGCAGCAGCAACAGCAGCGGCAACCGCAUCGGCAGCAGCAGCAGGGGCAGCACCAGCACCAGCACCAGCAGCAGCAGCAGCAGCAGCAACAGCAGCAGCAACAGCACCAGCACCAGCAGCAGCAGCAGCAUCAACAGCGCCAUCAGCACCGGCAGCAGCAGCAACAGCAGCAGCAGCAGCAGCAGCUGCGGCUGUUGCAGCGCCAGCAGCACCACCAGCACCAACAGCAGCAGCAGCGGGGGGAGGCGGAAGGGCAGGAGAAGGAGGAGCAGCAGGAAGAGGAGCAGCAGCAGCAGCAGCAGCAGCAGCAGCAGCCAGAGGAAGAUACGUGGCAGGAGGAGCAGCGGAGGUUGUCACAGCAGCAACAGCAGCAACAGCAGCAACAGCAGCAGGGGCAGCGGCCAUCGGCGCACAAGGAACGCCAACGUUGGAGGGAGCAAUUGGUGCAGCAGCAGGAAGAGCAACGACAGCAAUACCUGCUGCUGCAACAGCAGCAACAGCAGCAACAGCAGCAACAGCAGCAAGAGCAACAACAGCGGCAACAGCAGCAACAGCAGCAACAGCAACAACAGCGGCAACAGCAACAACAGCAGCAACAGCAGCAACAGCAACAACAGUGGCAACAGCAACAACAGCAGCAACAGCAACAACAGCGGCAACAGCAGCAACAGCAGCAACAGCAACAACAGCGGCAACAGCAGCAACAGCAGCAACAGCAACAACGGCGGCAACAGCAGCAACAGCAACAACAACGGCAACAGCAGCAACAGCAGCAACAGCAGCAACAGCACCAGCAGCGGCAGCAGCAGUUUCCUCCUGCUUCUUCUUCUGCUGCCGCUCAGAUGCUAUCCACUCCUCCUGCUGGUGCUGAAGCGGGAGGAGACGGCUUCUACCCGCAUCUAUCUGCUGAUCGUGCAGCAGCAGCAGCAGCAGCAGCAACAGCAGCAGAAGCAGCAGCAGAAGCAGGAUUAGCAGGCUCUGCUGCUGCUGGUGGAAGAUUAGCUUUUGGCUCACUACAGCAGCCCUUUCUUCAUCCUCCAGGGCCAGCUAGCCAGCCAGCUAGCCACCCAGCUAGCCAGCCAGCUAGCCACCCAGCUAGCCACCCAGCUAGCCAGCCAGCUAGACAGCCAGCUAGCCAGGAUCUGAGCGACAUAGCUAGUAAACUAGCUAGCGAGCUAGCUAGCCAGCUAUUUGGCUCUCGUGCUACCACCACACCUGAACCAUCUCGUGACGUCAGCCAGCUAGCCCUCCAGCUAGCUAGCCAGCUAACUACCCAGGCAGCUGCUUCUUCUUCUCCUCCUCCGCCACCGCCCCAACUGUAUCCAUCGACGUACAAAGAUCAGCAGCAAGAGACAGAAGAAAUAUGGGCGGGGCCCCCCUCUUCACAUGCACGGAGGGGCCCCCCACGUUACGGACGCUGGCCUCCCUCUCACUCUUCGUUUGAGUCGCCACUGCAGCAGCCGCAGCAGCAGAGGCAGCAGCUGCAGCUGCACCUGCAGGAGAUGCAGCGACUGCAGCAGCAGAUCCAGAAUAUCGAGCAACAGCAGCAGCAGCAGUUCCACCAGCAGCAGCAACAGCAACUGCUGCAACAGCAACUGCAGCAACAGCUACAGCACCAGCUGCAGCAGCUGCAGCAGCAGAUGCAGCACCAGCUGCAGCAGAUGCAGCACCACCACCAACAGCAGGACCAGCAGCUGCAGCAUCGUCAUCGCCACCCCCACCAGUACCAGCACCAGCUGCAGCACCAGGUGCAGGAGCUGCUGGAGCUGCUGGAGCAACAGCAACGGCAGCAAAAACAGAACGAACAGAUGCUGCAGCAUCUGCAGCGGCAGCACCCGCUCCCGCAACAGCAGCAGCAGCUGCAGUUGCAGCUGCAGCUGCUGCUGCAGCAGCAGCAGCAGCAUCUGGAGUUGCAGCUGCAGCAGCUGCAGCUGGAGCUUGAGCAGCUGCAGGUGCAAAACGAACAACAGCAACAACAGCUGCUGCGCACCCUUCCCGGCCUCGGACCCCCGCUGGAGUCGUGGCGCCCUCAGCAGCAGCAGCAGCAGCAGCAGCAGCAACAACAGCAACGGCAUUAUCAUCGUCCUUCUUAUUCUCAUCCUCCUCAGCAGCAACAGCAGCAGCAGCAGCAGCAGCAUCAACGGCGUUAUCAACAUCCUUAUAACACUGCACCCUGGGAAAUACCGUUUGCUGCUGGCGAAGCUGCUGAUGAGGAAGACAGUCAAGCCCCGCGGGCCUUUCCCUUCUGCUGA